UUAGUUCUCUUUCCCAUCUUGCAAGAUGGCGGGUGAAAAGCCUGAGAAGCCAGAUACUAAGGAGAAAAAACCUGAAGCCAAGAAGACUGAUGCUGGUGGCAAGGUUAAAAAGGUGAAGCAGGUUAAGAAGGGGAAGCCCCACUGCAGCCGAAACCCUGUCCUGGUCAGAGGAAUUGGCAGAUAUUCCCGAUCGGCUAUGUAUUCCAGAAAGGCCUUGUACAAGAGGAAGUAUUCAGCAGCUAAAUCCAAGGUUGAAAAGAAAAAGAAGGUGAAAGUUCUUGCUACUGUCACAAAACCAGUUGGUGGUGACAAGAAUGGUGGUACCCGGGUGGUUAAACUUCGCAAAAUGCCUAGGUAUUAUCCUACUGAAGAUGUGCCUCGAAAGCUGUUGAGUCACGGCAAAAAACCCUUCAGUAAGCAUGUGAGAAAACUGCGUGCUAGCAUCACUCCUGGAACCAUUCUGAUUAUCCUCACUGGGCGCCACAGAGGCAAGAGGGUCAUUUUCCUGAAGCAGCUGAGCAGUGGCUUGCUACUUGUGACUGGGCCUCUGUCCCUCAAUCGAGUUCCUCUGCGAAGAACACACCAGAAAUUUGUCAUUGCCACUUCCACCAAAAUUGAUAUCAGUGGUGUGAAAAUCCCAGAACAUCUCACUGAUGCUUACUUCAAGAAGAAGAAACUGCGUAAGCCCAGGCACCAGGAAGGUGAGAUCUUCGACACAGAGAGAGAGAAAUACGAGAUUACAGAGCAGCGGAAGGUUGAUCAGAAAGCUGUGGACUCACAAAUUCUGCGAAGAAUCAAAGCUGUUCCUCAGCUCCAGGGCUACCUCCGCUCUGUGUUCGCUCUUACAAACGGAAUUUAUCCUCACAAAGUAGUGUUCUAAACUUCUUACAAAGAACCUAAUUAAAUAAUUGGGUCCAUUUCCUUUGUGUCUUUUUUCUUUUUUUAAUCUGCCUGAAGGUGUGGUGUGGCUCAGCCAAUUUGAUGGGAUGUUAGCCUCUACUAAGAGGAGUGGGAUUGGAGGGGAGUGCUAUCAGCUGCAGUGGAAUCCCCUCUUUGGAUCAACAUCCUUAGCUUCCUAAGUGUCUUCUCAGCUUUUUCACCCAGCACCUACCAAUACAAAGUCGUGGCAUUUCCACAGCCAUCACUGAACAACAGGUCAGUACUAACGGUACAUGGAUGAGAAACAAGUGUGGGCUCUCAGGCCACAAACUUUCCUCCCUUUCCAUGACUUAACAUCCAUUUCUGCCCAAUUCAGCCCCUCUCCAUAGUCAUUACUAUUAGUUUCUUGUGUAUCUAGUUUCUUAAAGCAUACACAACAAAUUAGUAUAAUUAUUUACCUUGCCCUGUUUUUAACCAAAAACCCCAUGUGCAGUACAUGCUGUUAUAUAGAUAACAAAUGAAUUUGAUUAUUCCAUAGGAAAUGUCCAUCUUUACUGCUGCAUAGUGUAGUAGUGCAUUCUAUGGAUAUUUGGGUUUCCGUCAUUUGUAAUUAUACUGGUUUCCCCUGCUAUCCAAAAGUAGAGUAUGCUUCUGAAACUUUGUGUAAGCCAAAAUGGCAUAAAGUGAAGAAAUUACCUUAUGACACAUCUUGCUAACAGAGGCAUAAAAUGGGAUAAAACACAGAUGCUUACAGUUCAAAGUGACGGCUCUGGAUGCUGAGAUGUCAGAGUGUAGUUCCAGGGAAGGAGCUUGCUGGUGCCACUCCCACUGCCCAGACAUGCUGCCGUCUCUAGUGGCUCUCUGCAAAACAAAACCGCUGUUUUCCCCCUUUGCCUUUUUUCAUAGAAGUGAAAAUCUUGAUUUUUUUCUAGUUAACAAAGACAGGUACAAAUGAAGUUCUUUCGGUUAAAGCAAACUUUCAGAAAGUGCUGGGUAACAGAGUGCGAUGUAGUGAGUAACUUGCGGUGUGCAUACAGAUGAGCAAGCAUCAGAUAAGAAGUAGCUUUUUGCUGAGUCAGGAUUUAGGCAGUUUUGGUAGGUGGUGCCAAACUGCCCUCCAUGGAGGUUGUACCAAUUUAUACUCAUGUAUAAGAGUGCCCGUUACCCUACAGGCUCCCUAAAAUGAUGUGUCAUUAGACGUGGGUUUUUUAAGUUAUUUUAUUGAUAAUUUACAUUUGGUAGAAUUGAUUUUUUGUGUGUGCAGUGCAGUGGCCUCUGCAGUUUGGGAAGCACCACCAAAGUUCCUUCCAAAAGUCAGUUUCCACUCCUAGUAACCACUGAUAAAAUUUUUGUUUUUCUAGUUUUGUCUUUUCCAGAACAUCAUGUAAUAUAUUCUGUGGCAUAAUAUCUGUGACAUUUGUUCACAUUAAUGGUUCAGUAGUUCUUUUGUCAGUCAGCAUUCUAUUGUAUCAUUGUGUCACUGUUUAUUCUAAAAUAAUACCCAUUGAAAGAUAUUUGGGUUGUUUAUAAUUAUUGGAGAUUAUGAAUAAAGCCACUAUUAACAUUCA